AUGCAACAACAACAACGGCAGCAGCAGCAGCCGUCUUCUUCUUCUUCAUCAUCCGUCAAUCAUCUUCAGUCGUCUAGUUUUACUAUUUAUGAUAAUAACCAUCAUCCUCAAUUAACACAAAAAAAAUCUAUUUCAUCAUCACGAAUUAGACUCGGUCUACGAUGUUUAUAUCCAUUAGAUGACAAGCAAAAUCAACUAUUCGAUCAGAUCUUUACUUGUAAUGAACAGACAAUAAAUAUAAGUGAAUGUAUAUUUAAUCAAUGUAUAACACGUUUAACAACGAAUUAUAUUAAUACAUUAAUUAUACUUUCUGGUCAAUAUCGUGAAAUUUGUCAACUUCAAAAUACACUUAUUUCAUUAACAUUAAAUCAUUUAUAUUGUUUUGUAAAUAAACAAAAUAAAAAUUUAAGUCUUCGUAUUAGUAUUCAAGAAUUUUCAAAUGAAAUAACAAAAAAUAUUCUUACAUCACGAGGAAAAUCUUUAUUAUUAACUAGUGAUUAUUCAGUAACAUGUCCUAUUCAAACAUUUCAAUAUAUUAAUCAUCUUUGUACUGAACAUAAAUCUUUUCCUUUAUUAAUAACAUUUUAUCUUAUUAAUAUUUCGUCAAAUAAUAAUUUUGUACAAUUUCAUAUACUUUCAACAAAUGAUAACGAUGAUGAAACAACAAAAACAACUAAUAACAAUAGUCAAGAUGAAUUUUCUAAUCUUCUCAUGUCAUUGUCAUUAUCUUUACCGUCAAGCAGACAGAAACAAUCGUACCAUUUGUCUAAUAAACGCAAUAAUCAUGAACAAUCAUUAUUCUCUUUAACAUCAAUCUUAAAUGAAUAUGUUAUCAAUAUUGAUGAACAUUUUUUAUAUAUAUUAGCAACUAUUAAAAAUGAUAAACAAUUAAAAUAUUGGACAAAAAUUCAACGAUUAUUUAAAACAAAAAGAAAUCGUUUAAAGAUGUCUCGUGAUUCUUCUUCCAUUGAUACGGUAAUAAAUCAUCCUAAUGAAGAAAUAUGGGUUGAUGGUCCAUUAAGUUCUUCUUCCAAUCAUAAAAAUGAAAUAUGGAUUGAUGGUCCACGUGAAUUUUCUCCUCGUUCACCAAAAAUUUCUCAUCUAAGAUCAACACCAAAACAUCGUUCAAAAUUAAUGUGUACAAAAGCUAAAUAUCCUACUAUACUUUCACCAAAACAUACAUUAUCACUAUAUGCACAUAAUGAUAUUGAUGAAUCUAUAUCAUCAAAUACAUUUGAAACUGAAUCUAUUAUUAGUUCACAUUGUCAUUUACCUGUUUUACCAGUAUUUAAAGAUCAUUUAUUACUUCCAUUUCGUUCUAAUCAAACAUCAUCAUCAUCAUCAAAUAUAAAACCAAUUAAUAUAAAUGAAUCAUCAAAAAUGAAUUUAAAAUUAAGUACAAAUCAAUUAAAUAAUGAUUUAGAAAUAUUAGAAAAAACAUUAGAAACAUUAUUAAUACCAUCAUCAAUUAAUUCAAAUGAAAUUGAACGUGAAUCAAUUAUGAGUAAAUCAUUAAAUCGUAUGGAUCAAUUAUCAUUAACAAUGUCAAAUGAUGAAAAAAAUAAACGUUUAUCAAGAAUUGUUUCACCAACACGUUUUGAUAAAAUUUUAUCAUCAGAAAAUUAUCAUCCAUCUGUACCUAAUUCACCUUUAAUUAUUUCAAAAAAUCGACAUUCAAAAAUAUCAAAUCAUUUAUUACAAUCAAUAAAAAAACCUCAAGUACCUAUACGUACAACAAGUUUAGCUGAAACAAAUUCUCGUCCAUCGUUAUUUCAACGUUUAUUUGGUUUACGUUCAUUAUCAUCAAAUCCUCAACAAUCAAUUGUUAUUCAAUCUCCACCAUCAUCACCCUUAAUAUCACCAUUAACAGUAACAUUAGAUUCUCAUGAUGAUCUAAUGCCAUUAACAACAAGUAGUACAGCUUCAUCCACAUCUGGACGUACUAGUUCAAGUGGUUAUGAAUCAAUGAGUAAUACAAUAUUAGAAGAAAUGAUUGCAUCAAUACCAUCAAAUAUUAACAAUGAAAAUAAUUCAAUUAAAACACGAAAUAAAUCAAUACGAAAAGAUCGACGGUUGAAUAAUAAUGCCUUAUGGAAUAGUCCAAUAAUUCCUGAUAAAUCUCAUCAUCAACAACGUUUAUCCGAAUUAAAACAUCGUCAAAAUGAACUUAAACUUGAAUUAGCUAUGACAAAAGCAUUUUUACUUAUGGAUAAAAAUAAAAAUCUUGAUCAUAAUGAUUUUCUUAAUUCAACUAAUAGUCCAUUACAUACGAUUCUAUCAAAUAAUUAUGAUGAAGAAAAAGAACUUGAAAAAGAUAUUGAAAAUUUAGAAAAACGUUUAGCAUCAGCUAAAUCACAAUUAAUGUUUAGUACUUAUCAAAAAACUAAACAAUUCAAAGCUUAG